AUGUCCGACCCUCGUUUCUCGCUGCCCGCAUCGUCCACUAGACAUGCACAACCACCGCCGGGCCACCCAUCGAGACCCGAUCAGAACCUUACCAACCGUCUUCCUCCAAGUUUCCGGAGGAUCAAGCCGCUGGUCUAUGCGAUUGGCGUCGCCGGGAUAGUUGGCUCCGGGGCGUUGAUCGGUGCCGUGCUGAAGAUCAGCCAUCAGGAAGAAGCGCAAAAGGCUCAGGCCCAGCAACAGGAUCACCCUGGAGAAAAGAGUCUCCAGCAGAGCACAAUGGCGGAGUAUGCCAAGUCCAUCCAAGCGCUCGAGACCAAGCGCGGACAUCUCAUCGGCCAAAAGAUCCAGCUGGAGGGCAAGAUCCGGGAACUCCGUGAAAGCCAGCGUAGGAGGGCCGAAGAAGAGGCGGAAAAGAAGGAGUUCGAAAUGAACAAGUGA